CGCAUGACUUACUUCAAACGUAGUUCGCUGUUUGAUCGUUGCGGUCAAAAAGAAAAGUAGUCCUUGAAGUUCGUCGUUCGUGUCUGCGAUUGCAAAUUCAGACGAUAUAAGUAAUAAAGAUUUGUGUUGGAACUAUAACUGUUAUGAAUAGAGACGAUCACAAGAAAAGAUGUCUUAGUUAGCAUUUGGAUGGCAAUAAAUGUAUAACAACUCGUCACACUCCAUGUGACUAGCACAGGAAGUGACGUCAUGGAGAUGGCAGAGAUUCUGGAUUCUGAUCUCUCUCGAUUGGACAACCUUACAGAUGAGACCAUCUUGAAGGCACUGAAGGGAAGAUAUGACAGGGAUCUGAUUUACACGAAAGUACGAGAUAUUCUUAUCGCCAUCAACCCAAGAAAACCACUCCCAAUUUAUGAAAAUGAGGUUCAUGAGACGUAUCACUGGGACCGGUUCACGGGGGAUUGUGAGCCGCAUGUGUUCCAUAUCGCCGCUUCAGCGUACAAGCGUAUGCGCGACACUGAGACGGACCAGGUCAUCAUCGUGUCUGGUGAGAGCGGAGCGGGCAAAACGGAGAGUACCAAGUACAUGGUAAAACACAUAGUACAUAUGUGCCAGAGUGGUAACAUGGAUCUACACGAGAAAAUCAUUGAGGUGAAUCCAUUGUUGGAGGCUUUUGGGAAUGCCAAAACGAUCCUGAACGAAAACUCGAGCCGGUUUGCCAAAUACCUUGACAUCACUUUCAAAGAAGAUGGACAGCUUGCAGGGGCUGUGGUUCGAGACUACAUGUUGGAGAAGUCCCGAGUAGUGUUCCAGAGCCCGGAUGAAGGCAUCUUCCACAUUUUCUACGCUCUCUUCUACGGUUGUCCUCCAGAAAAGAUGGAGGACCUGUUUCUCGCAUCAGACAUGGACCAGUUCAGGAUUAUGCGAAGUGACGCGUACGCCGUUUACAAAAAGGAUGAAUACAAGGAAAUGUACAACAAAAUCAUGCACAUCUUAGAUCUUAUCAAAGCAGACAGAGAAGUCAUGCAUAUGAUGCUAGCAGCUGUCAUCAACAUCACAGAAAUAGAGUUUGAGGAAGAUGAUAAAGGAGCUGCGACCAUUAAAGAUGCAGCUCCUUUUGUGCAUGCUUCACUUCUUCUACAGCUGGAUGAAGAGCUUUUGGGCGAGGCCCUUAUUUCAAGUAGACGGAAACUAAAAGAGGGCAUAGUGGCAAGCUACAAGACAGUGAAGCAGGCUGAGGACGGGAGAGACGCACUUGCCAAGAUCCUGUACGAGAGAAUGUUCGGAUGGCUGGUCAGGGUCGUCAACCAAAGCCUGCACCCGGAUAGACUUGGGACAAAUAUUUGUGGAAAUAUAGGAAUCCUCGAUAUUGCUGGUUUUGAAAAACUCAGGAAAAAUAGCUUCGAACAGUUGUGCAUUAACAUAGUGAACGAAAAACUCCAAAACUUCAUGAAUCGGAGGAUAUUUACGAUGGAGAUGGAAAUUUAUCAAGAUGAAAACAUUCACCUGGAUGGUAUAAGCUUCAAGAACAAUGAUGACAUCAUCGAGAUGUUUGAGCAGCCCAAAACUGGGUUGUUAGCGGUCCUAGAUGAAGUUUCCAACUUCAAGCAAGGGUCGGACCAGGCGUUUGCUCUUCAAAUCAAGAAGGCUUUUAAAGAACAUCCAAACUUCGUGAACCAAGGCGUAGAAACAAUGUUUGGAAUCAGCCACUUCGCUGCUAUGGUCCCCUACGACGCUGAAGGCUUUAUGGAGAAAAACAGAGAUCGCCUCAAUCCUGAACUGAUGGACGUUAUGAAAGCAAGCACCGACGAGUUCAUAAGUGAUCUGUUUUCCGUGAAAAGGGGACCUACGGGCACAAUAUCAUCGACACACAUGAACUACCGUCAGUCCACUCGUCAUCGGCCGGGCCAUCAGGUGACUAGCACUCAGUUAGCCAAGGUGAAGCUUAAGCAGACACCAAAGGGACAGGAGCUUGCUGCCCAGCUGGGCAAGAGCUUGAAGACCAAGUUUGGGACUGUGCACAAACCGUCCAAAACAAACAGACCAACACCGCCUGAUCAAACCCUGGUCGCAUUUUUCAGGAAAUCUCUGCUAGACCUACUUGCAAAGCUCGGAUCUGCGGAACCUUUCUUUGUCCGAUGUAUUAAGGCUAACAACACCCAUCGAGAGAAUGAGUUUGAUAGUCAAGUGGUGAACGACCAGCUGAAAUAUAACGGCUUAGCCGAAGUUGCCAAGAUACGGAAAAUGGGAUUCGCUGUCAGGAAACCGUUUCAAGAAUUUGUGACUAGGUACCGAUGCUUGUCUUCUUUCUUGAUCCCCUCUGGAGAACUGCGAGGUCAGGCUGAGCAAAUCCUGCUGCAGUCUCCGGCAAAAUAUCACAAGUGUUUCAGACUUGGAAAAACAAAGGUCUUCUUUACUCACGAAUUGGACACGCAUUUCGAAGUACUACUUCAUCUGCGACGGAAGAUUGCAUCAAAACAAGUAACAAAAGUCAUGAAACGAGUUGCACAAAUCAAGAAAGCGGAACGGCUCGAACGCGAGAGACAAGAGAUUGAACGUAAGCGUCUGGAACAGGAGCGCUUGGAGCAUGAACAGCAAGAGAAGGAAAAAAAGGAACGCGAGAGUCAAAACAGCGUUUACGAAAACCCAGAUGUCACACAAGAAGAACACUCAGACCAAGAAAAUACGGCUAGUUCCGAUGAGGAUAACACUGGAAAUGAUCCACUGAUAACUUUGGGUGGAACUGCAAAACCUAUAUUAGGUGGUACUUUUGACCGAACAAAGGAAAGCACUUAUACAGGAGGAAGCUUUAAAGACUAUAGAGGAACUAGGCGAGCUCCCUCCCCAACCCCUGGACCAUCGAGUUCCGAGAGCAGUUCUGUAUAUGACAAUGUUCCGCCGACAAACCCACCGACGCCACCAGUCCCAAGCCAUGACCACAAGAAACAGAUGAAAAAGCAAAUACCGUUUUGGGACGUAGCUCAGAUCAUAGCGCGAGAAAGAAGAAUCCGAGACGUCGAUGAAGACCGCGGUUUGCAGGUCAUUAAAGUUGUGGCGUACAUCGUUUUCAUUGCUGCCAUGCUCUGGUGUGCAGUGUCACAAAAACUGAGCCUCAUGACGCUCGUAUCGCACCAAUACAAUCGAGGUGAAAAUAUCACAGAAUCAGACUUACAUGAGAAUUUGGUAGAAGCUACAGCAAGACAUAUUCUUUUGGCGAUUGCCAUUUUGAUCCCGUAUUGCCUGAUGUUCCUGUCAAGUAUGUUCAAGUGGAUGUUCGGUUCUUUCCUUUUCCCAAACUGGGGGACUGUAUUUUUCUGCGUCUUCAUGGAAGUCAUGCACUCUAUCGGUCUAUGCAUAUUAGUGUUUAUAGUCUUGCCUGACAUGGACACUGUAAGAGGCAUUAUUCUGAUAAAUGGUGUCGCCAUUUUGCCCUCCUUGCUAUACCCGAUCUGUGCUUCGGAGGUGAAGCUACACGCAGAUCAUAGACGACGCGGUAUCACACUCAACAAGGCUGUAACUUUUUGUCUGAACAUUGUUGUUGCAAUUGUCCAAGUUGGGUUUAUACCUCUUGUUUUAGUAUCAGAUAAUUUUCUUGAAACCAGCUGGAUGGACCGUGGGCUAGCAAACAUUGUUUAUUUCAUCAUAGGAAUGAUUUUUGUGUCAUUUUCUUCGUGGGAAAAUUUCACCGAUGACAGAUUUUGUGGAAAAACAAACAAACAAAGCUUAAUAAAAGGAUGGCUCCUCGGAGUAAAAUUUGACCUUCAAGAAUCUCGACCUGUUUUGACAUUUUUUACCAGCGUGACGAAAAUCGGGGUAACGUGUCUAUUGGUAUAUCUCACAAAGUUAGGAAAGCCAUUUGGCGGAGACGACGAAAACUCUUUCACUCAUUCUAUUGCAAGCAUUUCCGCAGGUGAAGCUUUCGCAAAACUUGGAGACCUACCAAUCAAAGACAAUUCAGCAAUAUUAACGUUGACCCUUACGGCUUUCGUUGGAUAUUAUGUUGGCUACACAUCUUGUAAGUUGAAGUUACAACGGCUUGCCUUUAGCCUGCCUCUGCUCCUUUCAACACCGAUUGCGGUCUUGGUUGCACACUUUGACUGCAGACACAACUGGCUUGACCCAUUUACGAACGAAGACCGAAACCAAUGCCUUGAUGAUGGUGUUCUUGGUCUGAUCCUUCUCUACGUCACUGGAGCGAUCAUUUGGCUGUCAAUAUACUGGUUAUGCGCGCAUAUUUUCUAUCCUGAUAUUGAACGACUUGCAAAAACUGAGAGACUGUUUAUGAAUCCAUUCUACUGCGGGAUAUUGUUUGAACAGAACACGCUGUUGAAUAGAAGACGCCACAAUCGGAGAGUCAAAAAGGAAUUGAGAGGAGAUGACGAAUUUUUCAGUUUGUCCGAGUUCAACUUUAAGGUCAACGUUGAAGGAGAAGAAGAAGAAGACAAGGAAACUCCGAGCAAAUCAAGGGAGAACAUGGGAAAUACAAAUGUUGUUGGUGAUAUUGAAGAAGGCUUUUUGACUAAUAACGAAGAUAAUGAUGACGAAGAAACUGAUGUUAAUUCCGAUAGUUACCGCAACCCAAAAUUCCGAGAUGUGCCGAUGAUUUACGCAUGCGCAACAAUGUGGCACGAAACGAAAGUAGAAAUGAUCCAAUUGAUGAAAUCAAUCUUUAGGAUGGACAGAGAUCAAAAUCUUCGCAGGAUGGGAGAAAUACUGGCUAUGAAAGAAGACAAAGACUUUUAUGAAAUGGAAGCUCACAUUUUCUUUGACGAUUGUAUGGAACUUGACGAUGAUGGCGAAAUGAUACCAAAUCAGUUUGUGAAAAGUCUUCUUUCGAUCCUUGACGAAGCCGUUAGCGCAGUUUACUCGAAGUUUAUGAAGUGCAAGAAGCCUUUCCUCGUACCAACUCCAUACGGGGGACAGCUUGUUAUUUCAAUGCCCGGUGACAAUUUCCUUUUCAUCCAUCUUAAAGACAAGGCGAAAAUAAGACACAAGAAACGUUGGUCACAGGUCAUGUACAUGUACUACUUACUUGGUUUCCGUAUUGUGCGACACUGCCAAGAGUACGUGACUUCGGCUCUAGAAUCAGGGAAAAUCAACGAGCUAAUCAGCUGGGAGGACGGAGCGAAUGCAGCGGGAAAUAUCGGGAAAAGCCACAUUUUCCACGUAUUUGAUGAACAAACGAAUAAGAGGGCUAGCAAUACAUUUAUCCUUGCUUUGGACGGAGACGUUGAUUUUUCACCUGGGGCUGUGAAACUUCUUAUAGACAGGAUGAAAAAAAGCGAAAAGGUUGGAGCCGCUUGUGGUCGAAUUCAUCCUAUUGGGACAGGUCCUGUGGUUUGGUUUCAAAAGUUCGAGUACGCCAUUGCCCACUGGCUCCAAAAGGCUACGGAGCACGUUCUUGGAUGCGUCCUGUGCAGCCCUGGUUGUUUCUCACUCUUCAGAGGAUCUGCUUUAAUGGACGAUAACAUCAUGAAGAAGUACACAAUCAUUCCUACCGAGCCAGCGCAUCACUUGAUGUAUGACCAAGGUGAGGAUCGCUGGCUGUGUACGUUACUGUUGCAGCAAGGGUAUCGAGUAGACUACGCCGCUGGAGCUGAUGCUUUUACUUACGCACCCGAAGGAUUUGGAGAGUUCUUUAACCAACGUCGAAGGUGGAUGCCAUCGACGGUCUUUAACAUAAUCGAUCUGUUGGCAGAUUACCAAAAUACAGUAUACAUCAAUUCCAACAUCAGUAUGCUCUACAUUUUCUACCAGGCUUCGCUAUUGGUCUCUACAAUCAUCGGACCAGCGACAAUACUGAUGAUGAUCGCGGGAGCCAACCUGAUUGUAUUCGGAACAAAUUUGAUUUGGUCAUACGUAAUUGCUAUGAUUCCCGCAAUUUUCUACAGUAUAAUAUGUUUUUAUGUGAAGACAAAAGUGCAGAUACAACUUGCUGAGAUAUUAACAGGAAUAUAUGCUUUUAUCAUGAUGAUUGUUCUAGUUGGAACUAUAGUGACUGCAGCCAAAGAAUCACCGUUCCAUCCGAGUGUUCUAUUCAUCUCGUUUCUUGUGUUUGCUUUUAUGUUCUCGGCAAUGCUGCAUCCCAAAGAAUGGACAUGCGUAAUUUACGGAGCUAUGUAUUUCAUCCUGAUACCGACUGGAUUUCUUUUGCUUAUAAUCUACUCAAUGGCAAAUCUCCAUGUGAUAUCAUGGGGAACAAGAGAAGUUCCUAAAAAGAAAACGAAGGAGGAGAUUGAAAAAGAAAAGAAAGACGCAGAUGAAAAGAAAAAGAAAAAGAAGGAGCGAGGCUUUUUCGGAAGAUUCAUGCCAUCUUUACCCAUGAAAGAAUUCAAAGAGAUGAUAACAAAACUAACAGAAACAAAGAGAGACGAACCUAUGAAGGACAAUAGUGAAACUGUUCGUCUUCUAAAAGAAAUGAAUGAAUGUAUGCAUAAGCUUGUAGGUGAAAAAACACAUGGUGAAGAUGCUAAAGCCCCGGAGGAAACCAUACCAAAAACAAUUGAUGAAGAGCCUGAAAAAGAACCACCUUCUUUUCGUAAGACUUCACAAGAGCCAAAAGGUAUUCUUAAGAAGUCUGGAAAACACAAUGAAAAACGUCUGUCUGUUUCAGUGUCAGAUAGAGAUGAUGAAAUUAUCGGAGAACAAGAUAAACCUACAGAAAAUAAAAAGCGCAACGAUUUGGAAAAUCCUAAGUGGGCGGAAAUUGACGAACUAUCUCAUGGCAAGAAAAUCAAAAUGGUUGAUGAAGAGCUCCAUUUCUGGGAAAAUUUUAUAGCAAGGUACUUGAAGCCGCUGGAGUUGAGCGAAGAAAAAAAGAAGAACGACCUCAAUGGUCUUUUGGAACUCCGAACAAACAUAUGCAUUGGGAUGGUUAUUAUAAAUCUGCUAUGGAUUGCCAUCAAUUUUAUGUUUCAGUUUACUAGUCCAGCAAAUAUCAAGCUUACCCAAAGUACUGCAUCGGCUUCAGGCGAAGAUAUUGAGGAGGAGCAGGUUUUGGAGGAAUCCGACUCCUCAAGCUCAAAUCCAAUAGCGAAUCUGGAAGUUGACGCUCUGGGUCUAAUGUUCGUCUUCUUCUAUAUGGUCAUACUGUUGAUUCAGUUCGCCGGAAUGAUUAUGCACAGAUGGGGAACCUUCUUGCACCUCGUUUCUGUGACAACGUUGAGGAAUCCAUUCGACAUGGAGAAGUUGAGAAAGAAAAGAGAUGAAAGAGAUGCAGAAUUGAUGGAGAAAAGGGACAGACAUUUAAGCAACAAGGAAGCAAUUAGGGUCUGUGAAGAUAUUUUAUUAGAGCCCUUACCUGACUACAGUGACAGCGAUAGCGACGAUGAAAGUUUUACUCAUAACGAUGAAGAACAGUUGAAAGCUCUUCAAAAGACCGGUACAAGACUUGGUGUCACUGUAAAGGGAAAUCAGAUCGGUGCAUCAACAAGAUGUUUCGACAGAAAUACAAUGGGGCAGUCUGCAAGAAUCCAAAACCUUAGAAUUUCAAAGAGUGCGAAUAUAAUCGCGAACACUCUUAAAGCGACCAACAAUAGAAUAGUUUCACCGGAGGGUGAACAAAUGCGUUUUGAGGCUCAAAAUUUAUACCGAAAACAGAAAGAUAAAUAUGUAGACAGACCAUUACCGCAAGUCCGUAAGAAGCGUUACAAUCUUGGACCAGGAAGAAGGGCAAUGUCUUCCCAAUGGGAUCGGUACCUUUCGAGGCAAACGGCAAGAGAAGGAUCCAAUAAUCUGAUAGAUGAGGAUGAUGCUCCUGAUGAGGAAAUAUACGACGUUAUUUCCAAACAAGGAACAGUCGGUCGCCAGCUGGGUAGGAAGCUGAAAUUGUAUUCGCGCACCGACCAAGUAAGGAAGAAAGGUGUGCACUUCUCUAGCUCCACAACCGAUCCCAGACCAAGACCAAGAUCGAUGGUCCCUAGUUAUCCAAACGGACCAACCAGAAAUGGGUAUAACAACGUCCGGCUUUAAAGGACAUGUUCUAAUCGGUGAUGCACACGCAACAUGACAAGGACUUAGACAUUCUAUAGAGAAACACUCGUCUAUAUCGUGUUUCUACUGCAAUAUAUCUAUUGCAAUUUUUUGAGACCUGUCCUUCCUGGAUCAAGUUUUUUCCGUUGACAAUAACUUAUAUUUUGUGUUAGGAGGAGAGAAUAGAACAAUGUGUAUUUUGUUUAAACAGUCGUAUGCAUACAUGACAAUCGGUCACAGACAAGUGUUUACAAAUAGAAAUUUAAGAGUACGAAUGCCUGAAAUAAAUUGAAAUGAUAUUUUAGCAGUGUAUGGCAAAACUAUGGGUUUACUAUAUUUUUAUUAAACGUCUUAAGUAUUCAUAUACAUUUAUGAAAUGAUGAAUGUGAUGGUGUUAAUACACAUGUGUGUGAAACAAACUCUUAUUCGAUAGGUCAUUCAUAAACAGUAACAAAUAAACAUAGUGAAGUGCCAUUAUAUUUUCGGGAAUCGAUGCUGUAUAUCCAAUGAUGGUUACAGGUGAAACACUUCCGGUAUAUCUAUAUAUGAGAGACACCUAGACUGGUAUUUCAAAAUUGGUCUUAAUUGGAUCUAAGAACGAUGCAGCUAAUCGGAUUACUUGUUAUUAAUAACUGACCAAUAUGGUGAAUGAAGUCAAUCAUGAAUGACCUUAAAAUCAUCUGAAGUUGUAUGUUGAAAACAACCCAUGCCUAGCUGCAAUGUACAAAGACUCUUAAGAUAUCCGAAACACAAAUAUGUGACUUCUGAUUGACUGGUGACCCCAUAUAAGUUGGCAUUAUUCCAAAGAGCUUUAUUUGCAAAAAUAAUUGUUACAAUUAGUUAGAAAUUAAAAAAAUAAAUAUUAUAACAAACAAAUUUGUUCGUCCUUGAAAAAAAGAGCAAAUAGUGCAUUUCACAUCCGAGUUAACUUCAAAUAAAGUCCAAAAAUAGUAGCUGCAAUACUUGUGUAAAUAAUGCAGUUUAGGUAAUUUAUUUAACAUGUUCGUCAUCAGCAACUACUAUCCUUUCAGUAAGUUAUCAAAAUUAUAUGAGGUCAACUGGCAUCACCAACAUGGUUAAUAGAGCUGCAGAAAACAAGUUUAUUUGUGGAUAUUCGGAUAUCUUAAUCGGGAGUAUCUAGUUUUUGUUUUUGUAGAGCUGCAGCAAUUCAAUCGACCAGUCGCCAUUUGUCUAUCCAUCUGUUGACCAAUGAUAGGACUAUUUUUCGUAAAUAAAUAAAAGCACGUGGUUGAAUGAUCCAAUAAUUAACCGGAAAACCUCCGCGAGUGAUCCGGACAAAUUGCAAUAACUGUUAUGGCGACUGGUCAAUCGACACAGAUCCUUUGGCCAUGAUUCCUUGUAAUAGAAGGUAUCAUUUUCAUGUUUGUUAUUUUAUAUGUGUUAUAUUGUUUUUACAGAGAACUACCUGUGAUAAGCUUUAAAGUUAGAGUGUAUUUUUUCAAAGUGUAGUAUUUGCUUUCAUCGGAUGCAAGCAUUGUAUGUUAUUGUUAUAGGUUAUAGGCAUGCAUUCACCAAAAUAGAAAGGCCUGGAGUGUCGCAGACACUCAGUUCAUUAAUUUGGUUAAUGUAUACUUAUAGCCGUUCAAGCAGCUUUGUGUUUGAGAAUAUAGUCUGUCUACUGACCUAGCCUAUGUUUCAAUAUAUCGAUUAACUUGAUUAAAAUCAAUACCGGCUAACUGUUGAUUUACUAAAAAUAACUGUUGUUUUUUAUUGAUUUUGUUUUUUGCUAUAUUUCAUUGAUGCAUGACAAUGUAGAUAGUUGAGCCAAGUAUAUUCAGUUAUAUAUGACGAAUAGGAUUGUUAAAAAUCAAUCAAAAAUGAUUAAUUUUCGCUCUUGAAUUUACUUACUAUUAUAGUAUGUGUCUCUUUACGAAGUCGAUUUCACUUAUGUCAUAAUAUGUCAUUUGUUUUUAAAUUAAGCAUUGGCUUUUUUUUAAUGGUGUCUUGUGUUAUUUUUCUUAAAGAAAACUUGUUGUUAUUGUUAUCCUUGUAUGCAGAUUUAUAAUAUAUUUAUAUAUUUGCCUCUAUACCUCGACCAGUGGGAACACCUCAGCUAUUUUCCAUCGAAAACAACCUCGGAUUUAUAUAGGAGAUUGUCCAUGUCAGAAUUAUUAACAUUUAACUACUCUGCAAAUAGAUCGCGUAGUUUUUUCCCUUAAAAUCUUUACUAUUUAUUUAAAAAUACAUUACACUGGGGAAAUUUUAACUUAGUAAUACAAAUUACACAUUAAAACACUACAAUCAAUUGAUAUUAGUAUCAUUAAUAUUACAAACGAAUUUAACUGAUGUAGCAGCAUGCACCCGAAGUUGUUUUUUGAUGGAAAAUGGCCGAAGGGCUUCGAUUGUACCUCGACAUUAUUGGUCCGGUACCUGAAUGUUAGGCCUUCAGACAUCCACUUUCUUUACUGUUUUAAUUGAUUUUGUAUUUCGUUUUAGAGUGCCAAAGAAAUGUGUUAACAAGCAUGGCCAUUCGAUGCACUGCUCCUUUUGACGUCACAAAUGUGACGUCACGCCAAAAUAACGUUUUUGAAAUGAUAAGUAAAAUUUAUGGUUUACUAUAACAAUGACUUUGAAUUUUGUUUUAAAUUGUUAUGGAACCCUUGUCAAACAUUUAUAUCGAAAGAGUCAUUAUUUUAAUAGAUCUAAAUAUAUGUUGGGGGGGGGUCUAAAUAAUUAAGGACGCAAACAUUGCUUGCUAGUGGAAAGUGUGUUAAGAAGUUGUUAUUAAUCGUGAAGGAAAUGAUGCGGCAAUAUUCCUUAAAAUGGGAGAAGUUCGAAAAUAAUUAUAGCACAUCGAAAAUUAUGUCCGAAGGCCUAAAUUGGGUGUCGGUAAUGAACUUUAUAGAAAUGUUUAUAAUAUUCUUAUGGUCUGACAAAGUAUGCUAUACAGUUCAAGUAUGUUAUACAGUUCAAAUGAACGCUUUAUUGAAGAGUAACAGCUGUUGCCUUGGUAAUUCGUCUUAUUAUCCUAGUAUUUGUGAUUGUAAUACCCAUUAAUCCGAAGUAAAUAUUCAUGACGACGUAAUUGACGUUUUUUUUUUUUUUCACGUAUUGUUUUUGAUUAUACUUGUACUAAAUAGUAUUAACAGUAUGGAAUACCCAAAUUCAAAGGAUACAAUUAAAAAUACCUGUAAGCUUGUGCAAGCAGCUGUUCUUAACGUAGUUUCGCUACAUAGACAAUGGUUUAAGACAAAGCUUCUAUGUUUGUUUUGGUAAUUCUAAUGUUUUUAUGAAUGCACGUGUGUUUCAGCUUAGAACCCACGUAUAGACUUAUAUGAUGUGAUGUUGCACAUUACGUCAUGUAUAACGUGCACGUGUAUUGUUACAUAUUUAAAUACACUAAUACUCAUGUCCAUGUUUUUUGAAGUGUUUUGUAACUAAGAUCUUUAUUUGUACUCUCGGAAUUUUCCAAUAAAAUUCACUCAUAUCGCAUG